GUCUGCUGAAGACGCUUAGCCAGGAAUAUACAGCACACCUCGAAUUUCUUUCCACAAAUAAAGUCGUUAUCACUGAAUAAAGCGUUACAUCUUAGUUACCUAGCCGUCGUUAGUGUUAGCUUAAUUUUGAAAUGAAUGACCGGAAAUUCAUUUUCUCAUUUGAGCUUAUUUAAACUGAGCUUGAAUGCAGUUGGAGACCACAGCAGCCACAGAACAUGAGCAGUUGUAACACUUUCUCAUCAUAUCAGUGAGCUGAGUUUCAUACCUCAGGAUGCUCCGGGAGUCGUACCCGUUCGUGGAGGACAGCUUCAGCCGCUUCCCGUCGCAGAGCAACAUGUACGGGCUGUGUCAGGCCGGCCAGCAGGAGCUGUUAGCCGCCACGCUCAAAGGGAAGGUGGUGUGUUUCAGAUACCAGGACCUGCAGCACAAGAUCAGACCUGUGGCCAAGGAGGUCCAGUUCACCUACAUCCCAGUGGAUGCAGAGAUUGUGUCGAUUGACGCCUUCAACAAGUCUGCACCCAAAAGAGGUCUGGUGGUGGGCAUCACGUUCGUUAAGGACUCGGGUGACAAAGCAACACCGUUCCUGAAUAUCUACUGUGACUAUGAGCCUGGCUCAGAGUUCAACCUCGAGUCUAUUGCACAGAGCUGCCUGAACCUGGAGCUGCAGUUUACACCCUUCCAGCUCUACCACACAGAAGUGCAGUGUGACGAAGGAGGAAGCGAGACGGUGUUCCUGCUCAGUGGUCAUGACCAGAGGAUCCACCUGUACAAGGAGAACGCCUCUCUGCACCAGUUUGAAGAGCAGCCAGUGGAGAGACUCUUCCCUGAACUCCAACAACUGCCCAGCAAUGUGCUGUGGUUGGAUAUGUUGAGUAUCGCUGAUGACCGGCGACUCUCAGCGUUUGGCUGUCAGAAUGGCUGUGUUGGACUGGCCCUGGUCAACCAGACAGGACCAGAGGUUUUACAGAGCUGGCGGUUCCAGUUUGACAGUCCGAUCUCCUCAGUGCUGCUGUUCCCUCUCAGAUGCCAGACUGAGCCUGACCAGCCCAGUGGAGACAAAGGUGCAGGGACAGAAGGCUACAACCUCCUGGUAACCAGCACUAUAGAGAUGGCAGUUGUGUACAGAGACGUUCAGGAACAGGGCCUGUCUCACUCUGUAUGUCUCUCAGAGAGUGACCAGUGGGACGCAGUGCUGUGUGCUCUGGUCAUUGACCUGGAUUUUGACGGGCAGAAGGAGGUGCUGCUGGGAACAUAUGGGCAGGAACUUCUUUGUUACAAAUUCCAGCCGACGGGGAGAAGACGAGAUGGACAGUUUCAGCUGCAGUGGAGGCGGAGCUUCAAGAGUCCUCUGCUGUCUAUCAUCUACAUAGACCUGACUGGGGAUGGUUUGAGGGAGCUGGCUGUCCUCACACUGAAGGGACUGCAUAUCUUACAGCACACUCUAACUAGCACUGCUGAUUUGGUCAUUGAGCGGCUCGCCCUGAGGGUGUCAGCUCUGACAGCCGGCUCUGAGCUGGACUCAACUGAAGCUCAGGACACUGCGGAGAGAGAUGCUCCAGUGAAGAAAGAGGAGUGGACAACAGCAACUUAAGAGAAACUGUGUGUGUUUUUUUAGAGCCCGACUGAUACUGGACUUUUGGGAUUGAUACUGAUAUCAGGGAGUAAAAAGUUCCGAUAUUGAUAUAUCGGCUGAUAUUAUCUAUAUGCAAUCAUGUGGUACAAAUAUCCCGCAGAUAUGUUCAGAUACUUAUGAGAAAGAUAUGCACUGAAGGCAGGACAUUUUAGUUUAUCAAUAAACGUUAAUAUCAAAAAUGACAGUGGACUGAAACAGUAAACUUCAUAGAGAAUUUGAUAACUCUAAAUUACUCUAUAUACAGCUAUAUCUGUAAAGGGGAAUAUCUGCAGAUAAAAUCAGCUGACUGAUGUAUGGGUUGGGCUCUAUGUAUGGGUCCUGAUGGGUCAGAAAAAAACUGACUUACAGGUGUAACGUGAAAGAUUUUCUCAGGGGUGUUUAUGACUGAACAGUUACAAACAUCACAUUAGCCUCCUGAAACAGUGACACUGCUCUGUGAUGGAUUUCUGACUAGAGAUGACAGUAAAAUAAACUGACUGAAAAGCUCAUAUUGAAGAUGUGAGCUGCUUUAAACACUGCACAGUUGUUUGCAGAUAAUAAAUCACAUUAAACUAAA